AUGCCGGCCAUGGGCCUGGUGCCAAAUGAUCGACUAGAUAGUCCAAACCGUCCAUCGUUCAGGCGAUGGGCCACCAUUCUUCUUAGUGUGCAUCCAAACAGUACAGUUCCAGUCGGUACUUCCAUCACAUUGACAUGUCGUGUGGACGACGCAGUGUAUGGGACAGUGGUCAAGUGGUAUCUGAACGACGUGCGCGUCUUUGGGUACCGUGUGGGCAUCAUACACCCAAAUGACCGCUACAGAGAGGACGCACCAACGGCUGGAACAUGGAGAUUCAUAAUUCUGUCUGCCCAUCCUGAGGAUUCUGGCAAGUGGCGUUGUCAGUCAGUGUUCCCGCCUACCAGAUCGCAACGGUCGGCACGCGCCCAGAUGGAGCUAAGAAUUGGUGUUCCCCGCAUUGUGAGCCUAUCAAAGGACAUUGAGACAACUCUAGGAUCUCGUGUUCUACUGUACUGUAACGUUUCUGCAGAGCCGGAUGCUUCAAUUACUUGGAAUAAGGCAAAACCGCAGCAAUCCUUACCAACUACUGCUUCCACCAACCCCGUCACGAGCGCCCUCAGUUUUAGGAUCGUGACUGUGAAGGAUGGAGGCGUGUACGAAUGUGUGGCUACUAACAUACUGGGGACUGUGGUCGGGCGAGUGGCAGUCAAUGUCAUCCAUGUUCCCCUUAUCGACAGCGCCCUCUCAGAUGACCGAGUGGUCAGUUGGAUCAAUCUACCGGUCAAUCUGACUUGUGCCUGGAGCGCCUACCCAACCCCACGGGUCAGCUGGGAUAGAAGUGGGGUCAUGGUAGACCAAACCCGAGUCAAGACGUUUACCAUGGAAGGCAUCAGUGUAUUACAGGUUACUCCAACAACAACUGAUUUUGGUGUCUACCGCUGUUUAGUCGCCAAUAGUCGGGGUAGGGCAGAGCAUAUCGUGUCACUUACUGCGGCAGCCUCUCCCAGCGCACCAGGGAAUGUCCGUGCGGGCGCCAUUACCCAUGACACCGUGAUUCUGCUCAUUGACCCGCCGCGCACCAACGGUGGCCUCGCCUUGACAAACCACCGUGUAAGCUAUCGAGAAGCCAAUAUGGUUCGAUGGAAGGUCUUGGAAUUUCCAAUUGGUCAGAAUACCAUCAUAAGAGGUCUGAAACCACACACGGAGUACCAGUUAAAAGUAGCAGCAGGUAACCCAGUGGGAUUCGGUAAUUAUUCAGAUGUAGUCAGGAUAUCUACUAUGAAGCAAUACACUUCAGGAGACCGAAUGACCACCCUACUACCCUAUCCAAACUCAACGUACAGCACGUCUGGCAUCGGGGCGAACAAUGACAGCUCCUCACAGAGUGCAGACACGAGCAACACCACAAUCGCGACAGAUAUGAAGCCUGGCUCACAGGGACCGUCUCCAUUUGCCAUAGUCGUCGGCACGCUGGUUGCUGUCUUUCUCUGCUGUGUGGUGAUAUUUCUUAUCGUGUCCCUGCGCGUUUAUUUAGCGAAAAAGAAACGACCAACUGAGGAGCAACGCCUUUGUCGAAACCGACCCAACUCAAUAUUCAGCGAUGCUUCCCUUUUCCAACUGAGACAUGAUAGCGUGCAAUAUGACGUCAUGCCGAUGACCUGCGGCCCAGGUCUUCUACGGGGAGAAUUUGAGUUCCUGCGAUACAAGCUUGUGUUUGGAACGGUCAUAGGCACCGGAUCCUUCGGUAAGGUAAUACGUGGUGAGGCCGAUGGUAUACUGCGACAAGGCGUGAAGAGUGUAGUCGCCAUAAAAACUCUCAAAGAAAACGCAACCUCAAACGACCACCAGGACUUACUUAAGGAACUUGGUGUCAUGAAGAUUCUGAAGCCACAUCCCAACAUUGUGACACUCUUCGGAUGUUGCACGGCAGAGGGUGAGCAGCCGCCUUUGAUUAUCAUGGAGUACUUACCGAAUGGUAAUCUCCUUCAGCACCUUCGCAGCAGCAGACAGCGCGUAGAAGAUACGGAGACGCAUCGCGCUAGCAUACGCACCACAAUGUCACCUACAGAUCUCAUACGUUACGCCUACGAGAUCGCUAAUGGCAUGACCUAUCUGGCCUCCAUGAUGUGUAUUCACCGCGACCUGGCCGCUCGUAACAUCCUCCUCUCACGUGACGGAGUCUGCAAAUUAUCUGACUUUGGACUGGCACGUGACGUCGUCAACGGGGGAAUCUACCAAAGAAAGACGCAGGGUCGCGUUCCUAUCCGGUGGAUGGCACUGGAGUCCCUCCUAGACAACGUCUACACGAUUCAGAGCGACGUGUGGUCCUUUGCUGUCCUCAUGUGGGAGAUAGUAACCAUCGGAUCUUAUCCCUUUCCAGGAAUGUCUUCCAAGAAACUGAUUAAAGAGUUACAGCGAGGAUACAGAAUGGCCCGACCUGAUCACUGCAGUGGAGACGUUUAUGACAUUAUGCUGGACUGCUGGAGGGAGAAUCCGGCUAGUCGACCAACCUUUGAAAACCUAAGAAAUAGACUGGAGGCUAUUCUCAUCGAAUCCAGAAACUACCUGGUAUUGGACUUUGAUGAGCACCUCUACGACUACACGUAUUCUGGCAGCUCCGACGGUGUAGAUAUUUAAUUUUCUAUACAAUCCGUUUACUGCAGUGUCCAAACACAUUGGACGUGCCGUUUACCAGUACAUACAUCCGCCUAUAUGAACGCAGAUCCCAUAAGCUGUUUAAAUGUGUCAAGGCAAUUUUACUAACCUCAUCUCACACUGCUUCAAACUUUUGGAACAACUGUUUAAGAAUCAUUCAUUGCAACCUGUAUCGCAGAUCUGAACAGUGAGUGAUAAGGUCUUAUGGAACUCUGAGUCCACGAAUAUGUUAUCAAUAUUCUCUCAGUAUAAUCAACGGUUCUGGUCGUUUACCACUGACAUUAUGACCAGAGCCCCACACCUGGUUGUUGUUAAUUAAGCAACUCUGUUGGUGGUCUCCAGAUCCUAUAAAUGUAGGCCCUGAUUGGUCAAGUUUAACAUCCUUAGGAAGUCUUACCCAAUAGUCCAACCUUUCACCCUGAGCAUCAGCGUUUGAAGUGCAGCAAGGGAUUAUUAGCACCUGUUUAUCAACGCUGUUCUUACUGCGUACCUUCGUAUACGUACAAAUUUUAAUAUUUGAUUGUAUAAAUUACCGUAUCAUUUCAGUUACACAAGAGCACGCAGAUGUAGGUACCAACCUGUCGACAAUAGCUUUUAUCAAGAAUGUUUUCCAGUAAAUAGCGCUCAUGCUUUGUAUAGGUACUUCAAUUUCCAAGAUAAAUGAAAGGUCAGACACACGAGAGCAGCAUUAUGUGUAUGUACAUAGACCUAUAUCUGAGAUGUCAUGAGGAAACAGGAAGAGAUUUGACUCGUAUUUUAUGAAAGAGAUGAAAGUUCUUAUAACUUGGUAAGCUAAAGUGUACACAAUGACAGUUACAUAUAUUAAUUAUCAGCGUACUCACAUUGCGUUAU